AUGGCUACCCCCAGUGUCCUCACUUUUGAUGCUGAGGGUCGGGCCAUUGACUUUGACGUCUGGGUAGAUGACCUGCAGCUUUUCCUGCUGAGCGAUAGGGCAGACGGUCUCUCCCUCUUUGACCUCACUUCUGGUGCCUCUCCUGCCCCUGCUGCUGAUGCUGACGCCACUGUUCGCUCGCAUUGGGCCACGCGCGAUGCUGCUGCUCGCCUUGCUGUGCGCCGCCACUUGCCGACCGCUGAGCGUGCGCACUUUAGCCAGUACAAGAGUGCUAAGACCUUUGACACUCGCUACCGCGCUGCGCUUCCUGCUGAGUUCUGCGCCAAGAACCCCCCCCCCCCCAUGUACAUCACCCUCUACUACAUAGUCACCCGGCUCCCUGACACCCUUCGCCCGGUUAGGGACCACUUCCUCUCUGUUUGCCCCACCACCCUCACCGUUGACCUCCUCGAGGAGCGCCUUCUAGCGGCAGAGAAGAGCAUAGUCGCUGUAGGAGCCUCUCGUGGUGACCCUCGUACCCCUGUCUUUGAGGGGUGCUCCCCCUCUCCCCUCCUGCCCUCUGUUGCCUCUGCUGCUGCGGCCGACCUCGUUGGUCUUGAGUCGGUCGCUGCGGCGUCUGCCCCUAGCGGGAGACGCCGCCCUGGCAAGGGCAAGGGGGGCAAGGGUGCUGGAGGAGCUAGCGGGGGCGGUGGAGGCGGAGGUGGAGGUGGUGGAGGGGGUGGGGGUGGCGGUGGGGGUGGUGGCGGGGGUGGGGGCGUCGGUGGCGGCAGUGGAGGCGGAGGCGGAGGCGGCGGUGGCGGUGGGAGCGGAGGUGGCGGAGGUGGCGGUAGUGGAGGAGGUAGCGGCGGAGGAGGUGGAGCUGGUCGGGGUGGCGCUGCACAGAGGGUUGGCUCCGGUGGUGGUCAGCGCCAGCAGCAGCAGCAGCAGCGUACUCGUGAGACCCCUUCCCCCCAGCAGCUUCGUGAGUGGUACACUGCUCGUCAGCGGGGCGGGGGUGCUGGCCCCUGUACCUACGUUCUCCGUACCGGCGACCGAGCGGGUGAGCAGUGUGGGGGAGCGCACUCCACCCAGCGCUGCUUCGGCCGUCUGACGGACGCGUGGCGUCACCAGUUCCCCGACGCUACUGAGAUCCCUCGCUGGGGCGAGCUGUCUAGGGCGGGUGUUGCGAUCUUUGAUCUUGAUUAUGAUGCUAUUCUUGCUGCCAUGUAUGCUGUGACUAUUAGUGAUGAGGGUGACUGUUACCGGUGUUUUCCGCCUGACCCAGGCAUAGAGGCUGCUGCGCUAGGUGCUUGUGAGACUGCUGCUCUAGGUGCCAGUGCGUCUGCCGCCCCAGGUGCCGGUGAGUCUGCGCUCUCAGGUACUGCGUCGUCUCCGGACACCCACACCUUCACCCUUGACUCGGGUGCUUCCCGCUCCUUCUUUCGAGACUGCACCACUCUCACGCCACUCAGUCGGCCCGUUGCAGUCUCCCUGGCAGACCCCUCUGGGGGUCCUGUCCUUGCCCACUACUCCACUGUCCUACCGUGUCCAGCGGUCCCGUCUGGCUCCCUGUCGGGUCUUUACCUCCCCUCGUUCUCUACGAACUUGGUGGCGGGUGCUGACCUACAGGAUGGGGGAGUUGACCAGUUCACCCCUGCUCGUCAGCGGGUGACUCACUGCACGUGUGCAGACACGGGCCGACACUUGGCCACGUUUACCCGUCGGCCAGGGUCGAGCCUGUACACACUGACUACUGAGCCUCCUCCAGUCACUGAGUCUGCUCAGGUAGCGGCGUCGGGUCAGGUGUUUGCAGCUGUGUCCAGGUCUGGUCCUGAGUCUGCCCCCUGCUCGUGUCGUCUCCUGUCCCACCGGACUCUCCUCUGGCACCACCGCCUUGGUCACCCCUCCCUGCCUCGUCUUCGAGGCAUGGCUUCCCGUCUUCUUGUCUCUGGCCUCCCCCGGUCCCUCCCUCCCCUUCCUCCGGGGCCUGCCCCCACCUGCGUUCCCUGCGUCGAGGGGCGGCAGCGCGCUGCCCCUCACUCCUCCGAGUUUCCUCCGACCGAGGCUCCGCUGCAGACGCUUCACAUGGACGUGUGGGGCCCAGCCCGCGUCCGUGGACAGGGCCACGAGCGGUACUUCCUGCUGGUGGUUGACGACUACUCGCGUUACACCACAGUCUUCCCCUUGCGCAGCAAGGGUGACGUCACUGAGGUGUUGAUCGCCUGGAUCCGCGCAGCUCGUCUCCAGCUCCGGGAGAGUUUCGGCUCUGACUUUCCUGUUCUGCGUCUGCACUCCGACAGAGGCGGAGAGUUCUCCUCUGACCUUCUGCGGGCCUUCUGUCGUGCACGAGGCAUCCGCCAGACCUUCACGCUUCCGGCCUCUCCACAGCAAAAUGGGAUUGCUGAGCGCCGCAUUGGCAUGAUCAUGGACGUCGCUCGUACGUCCAUGGUCCAUGCGGCUGCCCCCCAUUUUCUGUGGCCGUUUGCGGUUCGGUACGCGGCGCAUCAGAUCAACCUUCACCCCCGGGUCUCCAGGCCGGAGACCUCCCCUGCUUUACUGUGGACGGGGAAGGUUGGCGAUGCGUCUGCGUUCCGUGUCUGGGGAUCUCGGGCGUCUUGUCCCGACUUGUCUGCGGACAAGCUGUCCUCUCGUGCUGUUCCCUGCGUCUUCCUUGGCUUCCCUCCUGACGCGCCAGGCUGGCAGUUCUACCACCCCACCUCGCGCCGUGUUCUGUCCUCCCAGGACGUCACCUUUGACGAGUCGGUUCCCUACUACCGUCUCUUCCCCUACCGCACUGCGUCCCUCCCUCCCCCGCCGCUCUUCCUUACGCCAGGUCCCCCUCCGGUAGACCCCCUCCCCCCUCAGGGUCCUGCUCCCUCAGGUGUGUCCCAGGUAGAUGCAGUCGAGCCUGUCGAGGUAGCUGUUGACUCUGGUACUGCUGGUGGUGCUGAGCCUGGGGGUGCUGCGUCUGGGGGUGCUGCGUCUGGGGGUGCUGAGCUUGAGGGGUGCUGGCCUGCUUGUGUGGCGUCUGGUGGUGCUGGGCCUGGAGGUUCUUCGGGUGCUUCGUCCCGGCGGGAGCUACUCUCUCCACAGGAGCUGCGUGAGUGGUUCGCCCGGCGCUGGCGGCGUGCUGCUGGAGCUGGUGGUGCUGCGGACGCUGGAGGUUCUGCUGCUGCUGAGGGUGCUGGUGCAGAGGGUCCCAGAGGUGCUCGUACAGGGUGUACUGGAGCUGCUGGGCCUACGGGUGCUCCUCCUGCUGGAGCUGGUGGUGCUACUGGUGCUGCUGGCGUUGGUGCUGCUGGUGCUCCUGGAGCUGGAGCUGCUGCGUCUUCGGGUGGUUUGACUGGAGCUGAGCUACUGGGGGUGUUGGCGCUGGAGGUGCUCCUGGCGCUGGUGCUGCUGAGGGUGCUGGAGUUGGUUGCUGGAUCUGGGGUCCUCCUGGUGCUGGUGCUCCCGUUGGGAGUGCUGGUGCUGUUCCUGCUGGCACUGGUGGCGCUGCGCGGCCACGGCCGUCUUGCUGAGCGUCGUGAGCCUGCGUCUCGCCCUGCGUCGCCUGUCCGUGCUGCUCGCGCUAGUGGUCGUGGUUCGCGUCAGCGUCCUCCCCCUGUCCCCGGCACGCACCGGAUGUCUCUGCGUCCUUCCACUGCUCCGCUGCGUGCCCCUUUGCCUUCUCCUCCCGCGUCCUCUCUUCCUGACCUUCCUGACCCUGAGUCGGACUCCCUUCGUGCUGCGCGUCCUACUGUCACGCGUCUCCUUGCUACUGUCGUCACUGACCCUUCCUUUGAGUCUACUGCUGCGUCUGCCCUGGUUGCUGAGCUUGUCGACUUCGCUGCUCGCUGUCGCCUAGACUACGCUGCCAGUCUCGUCGCUGAGUCUGAGUCUGUCUGUCCUCCGUCCGUCGGGGGUGAGUGUGCUCUUGGCACGGACGUCCUUGAGGACAGGCAGGAGGAGUUCCAGUGCUUGGCUGCUGCUUCACCUCAUCUCGUGUCCAUGCUGCUUGCCCCUGAGGGAGACCCAGAUGCACUUGACAUCCCGACUCCGCGCUCUUACGCGGAGGCGAUAGAGGGUCCCUACUCCUCUCAGUGGCAGGCAGCCAUGGACGCAGAGAUGGCUUCCUGGAAGUCCACAGGCACCUACGUUGACGAGGUUCCCCCGCCUGGGGCGAACAUCGUCAGUGGCAUGUGGAUUUUCAGGGUGAAGCGGCCGCCGGGUUCUCCGCCUGUCUUCAAGGCGCGUUACGUGGCUCGUGGCUUCAGUCAGCGCGAGGGAGUUGACUUCUUUCAGACCUUCUCUCCCACCCCGAAGAUGACCACUCUUCGGGUACUGCUGCACAUAGCCGCUCACCGAGACUACGAGCUGCACUCUCUUGACUUCAGCACUGCUUUCUUGCAGGGCAGCCUGCACGAGGAGAUCUGGCUGCGCCGCCUACCUGGCUUCACUGGGACUUUUCCUCCUGGCACCCAGUGGAGCCUCCGGCGGCCAGUCUACGGUCUCCGCCAGGCGCCUCGUGAGUGGCACGACACACUGAGGACGACACUUCUUGGGUUUGCUCCUUGCUCCUUCUACUCUACGCCGACUCGCUCUGACACUGCUGGACUUGCCUACGUGAAGUCCGAGCUGCAGAAGAGACACACGUGCACAGACCUGGGUGAACUGCGCAGCUACCUUGGCUUGCAGAUCACCCGGGACAGAGCACAGCGCACCAUUACCCUGACUCAGUCACACAUGGUGCAGCAGGUCCUUCAGCGCUUCGGCUUCACGUACUCCUCGCCUCAGGCCACUCCUCUGCCUACACGCCACUCGCUCUCAGCUCUGCCUUCGGAUGAGUCCGUAGAGUCGAGUGGCCCGUACCCAGAGCUUGUUGGCUGCCUCAUGUACCUGAUGACCUGCACUCGACCUGACCUUGCAUACCCUCUUAGCAUUCUGGCACGCUAUGUUGCUCCUGGGAGACACAGACCAGAGCACAUGGCUGCAGCGAAGAGGGUGUUGCGCUACUUGUGCAGUACGUCGGGCAUGGGGCUUGUGCUUGGAGGGCAGAGUCCAGUGGUCCUCACUGGUCACGCAGACGCUUCUUGGGCCGACGACCAGGCUACGCAGCGGUCGUCACUUGGUUCCGGCUCUGUUUCGUGGCGGUCUACCCGCUCGUCUUCUGUUCUCGGCUCCAGUUGUGAGGCUGAGAUCUACGCAGGGGCCAUGGCUGCACAGGAGCUACGCUGGCUCACCUACCUGCUGACUGACCUGGGAGAGCCGCCUCGUUCUCCUCCAGUGCUGUACGUAGACAACAAGGCCAUGCUGGCCUUGUGUCGGGAGCACAGACUGGAGCACAGAACGAAGCACAUCGCUCUUCGCUACUUCCUUGCUCGUGAGCUGCAGCAACGUGGUCAGCUGCGCCUUGCUUACGUGGCCUCUGAGGCCAACACUGCUGAUAUCUUCACUAAGGCACUCGCGCCUUGUGAUCAUCAGCGCUUCUGCACUCUGUUAGGUCUUGUGCCUACCUUGCCUCACUUGCUUACUUCUUGA